CGCAGGACUGCUCCCGGCCGGGAUCGCUAUGGCAGCGGCGUCGUCGUGGGCCGGGACCCCGCGAUCCCGUCCGGGCCUGGCUGCCUCAACAGCCGCCCCCACUGCACACUUUAGGGCAUGAACCGAGCCUCCUGCUGCCUCCCGCUGCCCUACCCGCCGCUGCCGCCGCAUCCCGUCUCUGGGCCAGCGCUGGGAACAUGCCCCUGGACGCCUACUGCUACCUGCGGGUCGUGGGCAAGGGUAGCUACGGAGAGGUGACGCUUGUGAAGCACCGGCGGGACGGCAAGCAGUACGUCAUCAAAAAACUGAACCUCCGAAAUGCCUCUAGCCGAGAGCGGCGAGCUGCUGAACAGGAAGCCCAGCUCUUGUCUCAGUUGAAGCAUCCCAACAUUGUCACCUACAAGGAGUCAUGGGAAGGAGGAGAUGGUCUGCUCUGCAUUGUCAUGGGCUUCUGUGAAGGAGGUGAUCUGUACCGAAAGCUUAAGGAGCAGAAAGGGCAGCUUCUGCCUGAGAAUCAGGUGGUAGAGUGGUUUGUACAGAUCGCCAUGGCUUUGCAGUAUUUACAUGAAAAACACAUCCUUCAUCGAGAUCUGAAAACUCAAAAUGUCUUCCUAACAAGAACAAACAUCAUCAAAGUGGGGGACCUAGGAAUUGCCCGAGUGUUAGAGAACCACUGUGACAUGGCUAGCACACUCAUUGGCACACCCUACUACAUGAGCCCUGAAUUGUUCUCAAACAAACCCUACAACUAUAAGUCUGAUGUUUGGGCUCUAGGAUGCUGUGUCUAUGAAAUGGCUACCCUGAAGCAUGCUUUCAAUGCAAAAGAUAUGAAUUCUUUAGUUUAUCGGAUUAUUGAAGGAAAGCUGCCACCAAUGCCAAGGGAUUACAGCCCAGAGUUGGCAGAACUGAUAAGAACAAUGCUGAGCAAAAGGCCUGAAGAAAGGCCGUCUGUCAGGAGCAUCCUGAGGCAGCCUUAUAUAAAGCGGCAAAUCUCCUUCUUUUUGGAGGCCACAAAGAUAAAAACCUCCAAAAGUAACAUUAAAAAUGGUGACUCUAAAUCCAAGCCUUUUGCUACAGUGGUUUCCGGAAAGGCAGAAUCAAAUCAUGAAGUAAUCCACCCCCAACCACACUCUUCUGAGGGCUCCCAGACAUAUAUAAUGGAUGAAGGCAAAUGUUUGUCCCAGGAGAAACCCAGGGCCUCUGGUCCCUUGAAGUCACCUGCCAGUCUGAAAGCCCAUACCUGCAAACAGGACUUUAGCAAUACCACAGAAUUAGCCACAAUCAGUAAGGUAAAUAUUGACAUCUUACCUGCAAAAGGGAGGGAUUCAGUGAGUGAUGACUUCGUUCAGGAUAAUCAGCCAAGACACUUGGAUGCCUCUAAUGAGUUAGGAGGUAUAUGCAGUAUUUCUCAAGUGAAAGAGGAGAUGCUUCAGGACAACAGUAAAUCCAGUGCCCAGCCUGAAAACCUGAUUCCCAUGUGGUCCUCUGACAUUGUCACUGGGGAAAAUGAACCAGUGAAGCCUCUGCAGCCCCUAAUCAAAGAACAAAAGCCAAAGGACCAGGAUCAAGUUGCUGGUGAAUGUACUAUAGAAAAACAGGGCAGAAUCCACCCAGAUUUACAGCCACACAACUCUGGGUCUGAACCUUCUCUGUCUCGACAGCGACGGCAGAAGAAGAGAGAACAGACUGAGCACAGAGGGGAAAAGAGACAGGUUGGCAGAGAUCUCUUUGCUUUCCAAGAGUCGCCUCCUCGAUUUUUGCCUUCUCAUCCCAUUGUUGGGAAAGUGGAUAUCACAUCAAUACAAAAAGAGGCUGAAAACCAAUGUAGAGUGGUCACUGGGUCUGUGAGCAGUUCAAGGAGCAGUGAGAUGUCAUCAUCAAAGGAUCGACCAUUAUCAGCCAGAGAGAGGAGGCGACUAAAGCAGUCACAGGAAGAAAUGUCCUCUUCAGGCCCUUCAGUGAGGAAAGCUUCUCUGAGUGUAGCAGGGCAAGGAAAACCCCAGGAGGAAGAUCAGCCCAUGCCCGCCCGACGGCUCUCCUCUGACUGCAGUGUCACUCAGGAAAGGAAACUGAUUCAUUGUCUGUCUGAGGAUGAGUUAAGUUCUUCAACAAGUUCAACUGAUAAGUCAGAUGGGGAUUGCAGGGAAGGGAAAGGUCAGACAAAUGAAAUUAAUGCCUUGGUACAAUUGAUGACUCAGACUCUGAAGCUGGAUUCUAAAGAGAGCUGUGAAGAUGUCCUGGUAGCAAACCCAGUGUCAGAAUUCAAACUUCAUCGGAAAUAUCGGGACACACUGAUACUUCAUGGGAAGGUUGCAGAAGAGGCAGAGGAAAUCCAUUUUAAAGAGCUACCUUCAGCUAUCAUGCCAGGUUCUGAAAAGAUCAGGAGACUAGUUGAAGUCUUGAGAGCUGAUGUAAUUCAUGGCCUGGGAGUUCAGCUUUUAGAGCAGGUGUAUGAUCUUUUGGAGGAGGAGGAUGAAUUUGAGAGAGAGGUACAUUUGCGGGAGCACAUGGGUGAAAAGUAUACAACUUACAGCGUGAAAGCUCGCCAGUUGAAAUUUUUUGAAGAAAACAUGAAUUUUUGAGUGUUUGUCCUAAUCUGCUGCCGGAAUUAAAGACCUAUUUUUAGAGAGUUUUGGCUUAAAAAACAAGGGCAAACAGUCAUUUGGAAGCCAUUCACCACUGUUUUAUAUCUCUUUUUUAUAUCUCCUUGGAGUUUUCCUACAGAAAAGAAAUUGGACAGCAGAAUAAUAUGAAGCAGGAUCAC